UGAAGUGUACCUCCAUUAUACGAAACGACACUGACACUUACCGAAAAAAAUCGUAACGCGUUUCGUCAAACCUUCAUAAUUAUAGAUUUUGCGUUUUCGUAUUAUUAUUAUUAUUAUUAGCGUUGCUGGGAGUUAAACUUAAAGGCAAAAAGACAUCGUAGAACUAGCUGUCUUAGCAGGUGAACUUAAAUAAUAGAUUCGCAUGGGCUUGUGAUGUUUCUAGCGCCAUGCACGGGGAUCAGAAAUAAGAAGGUGACCGAGGAGGGAGCAUGGGCCGAGCUGAGCUUUCGGUAAUCCCGCACGGCUCCGGUAUAAAUCAGUCUAGGGGAACCGGCCAUUGGAGAUGAGGCUGGGUGAAAGGCGGGGUUAAUGCGCUCAAUGGAGGCUGUUGAUUCUCAGUAGGUGCUGGGCGAUGCACCGACGGACACACGGCGAGUGCAUGGAGGCUCGGUAGUGGGUAUAAAUAUUAAAAGCCAGGGAAAGGAGGGGCCAGCAGUCAUCCGUUUGCAGUUUGCGAGAUGUCGACCGAUUUUGCAACAGAGCCGAGAGCCCGGGAAAUCGGGAUAGGGGUGGUUUGCCAGUAUAAUUCAGUUGAUCUCUGACUAAUGUGAAAUUAAAAGUGAAAUACUUCUUUUUUUUGGCGAGAAAUCCCUCGCACGCAAUCGGAGGCAAAGGUGCCUCUCUAUGGAAUAGGAAAUGAGACAAGUUCACGGCGCUCUCUACAAAAUAUGCGAAAACUAUUACAAGUUGGGAUCUUUAACCGCGUUUUUGUGCAUCGGUGUGGCGCUAGCUAAAGUGUUGUAGUUCGAAGAUUUAAAGAUAUUAAUUUCAGACAUAUUUCCGGAAUCUAGCUAAAUUUGCUCUUUUAUGAUUAGCUCGCAUAUCGUUUUAUUUUUUCUUUUUCACAAGCGUGUUAAAAACUGUAGUUUAAUUUAGCCUAUGUAGACAGUAUCAGAAUUUGAGGUUAAAAUUCGCGAGGGAUGCGCACGGAAAGCAGCAGCGCUGUGCCGGCUGCGGACGGCGGCGCAGACGCGCUCGGACGCGGGGACGCGGAGUCCAAUGGUCAAGCGGAGCCGCGGAGGUGCGAGAGACCGCCUGGGGCGGGGGAUCAAUCGGCCGCCUCCGAAAUGGACCCGUCCACACAGGAGCCGGCCAGUAUGUCGGGGAAGCGAGAUGAAUAUAAGGGGGGAACGGGUAAAAGUAAAGAAGACCACAACGUGCACCUCAUCGAGGCGGGAUGCGUGGACGAAACUCCGGCGUGUUCAGACUCCGGCACCCAUGAAGCAGAGCCUGGGGACGCCGGAGCCGGAUUCGCUCCGCCCGAGGGUGGCUUCGGCUGGCUUGUGGUCUUCGCGGCAACCUGGUGCAACGGCUCGAUCUUCGGGAUCCAGAACUCCUUCGGUAUCCUGCACAUGAUGCUGGCGAAGGACCACGGAAGCGCGAGUGACGACGCUUCCCAGUUUAGAGUGGCCUGGGUCGGGGCCCUAGCCAUGGGCAUGAUUUUCUUCUGCUCCCCCGUGGUCAGCAUGUUCACCGACCAUUUCGGCUGCCGGAAAACGGCGGUGAGCGGCGCGCUAGUGGCUUCCGUCGGACUCCUGGCCAGUUCCUUCGCCACAUCUCUGGGCCUCCGCUACUUCACGUACGGGAUCCUCUUCGGUUGCGGUUCCUCUUUCGCGUUCCAGCCCUCUCUGGUCAUCCUGGGCCACUACUUCCGACGCCGCCUGGGCCUGGCCAAUGGAGUGGUGACGGCGGGGAGCAGCUUGUUCUCCAUGGGCCUGCCCGUCCUGCUCAAGAAGGUGGUGGAGCCACUGGGGCUCCAGCGGACGUUCCAGGUGCUCAGCGUCUUCAUGGUCGUCCAGGCCCUGCUGGCACUCACUUUCCGCCCGCUGCUGUCCAGCAGCGACCACGGUGCCUCACCCCAGGAUGGUGGCGGCUGCUGGAGAGGAGACCUCUCCCAGAUAAGGAAGUACUUCAACCUGAGAGUGUUUCACAUCACCACCUACAGGGUGUGGGCCUUCGGGGUGGCUACAGCCGUACUGGGAUACUUCGUUCCCUACAUUCAUCUGAUGAACUUCGUAAAGGAGCAGUUCAAAGAGACUGAGAAGGAGUGGAUCCUGCUGGUCUGCAUCGGGGCGUCUUCCGGGGUGGGCCGGCUCGUCUCCGGGAGAGUCGGAGACCUCAUUCCUGGCCUCAAGAAGAUCUACAUGCAGGUAGCCUCCUUCAUGGUGCUGGGCCUCAUGUCGGUGAUGAUCCCUCAGUGCCGUGUCUUUGAAGGCUUGGUGGUCGUCUGUCUCCUCCUGGGCCUCUUUGACGGCUGCUUCAUCACCAUCAUGGCUCCGAUUGCCUUCGAGCUGGUGGGACCCAUGCAGGCCUCCCAGGCCAUUGGCUACCUCCUGGGGCUCAUGGCAGUGCCCAUGACUGCUGGACCUCCCAUUGCCGGACUCCUCCAUGACUACUUUGGGAAUUACCAUGUGGCAUUUUACCUUGCUGGGGUCCCCCCCAUGGUGGGGGGUUUUGUGCUCUUCUUCGUUCCCCUCAUCCACCUGCGGAUGCAAAGGGCUCAGAACGGCUCAGACGCGGACCAGAUCUCGGACAAGAUGCUGUCAAAUCCCAGCCACUGCGCCAACGGGGACAUGCUGCCCGGCUUCACCGACGUGGAGACGCACAUCUGAACCAGGUCACUAUGGAAAGGAAUCCUGCUAACCCCUGGCACAUGAUUACAUGCUAGACCCCUUCGUGUGGAAUCAAGGCUCUCCCCACUGUACUAAGCAUGUUUUCGCAUUUGGAAGACCUUGGCCUGCAAGCCAACAAUCAUACAACCUUGUUUCCCUCAUAACCCACUAAACCUCAUCGGACCUUGCAUCGCAAAGAACUUCGAGGGCACCGUGUUGCACAGUCUACCCUCACGAGCUGCUGAUUAUGGAGACGGGUAGGGGUCAUACUAGCGCGGGUGGAAGGCUGGGGGCCAUUGGCGAAGGCCGAUGUUGGUCUCUGGGCCCCUGAAAAAGUUGUGUUCCAUAUAAAGUUAGAUUUUUCUGACACACUUGUGUUAUGGGUCUGCUUCUUCACAUGAUUUAUUUCGGCUCUUUAAUUGUCAUGUCUGUGAUAGUGGUUAAUUCCUAUGUGUGCUUCUGAACGAUUUUUUUUUUUUAGCUUUUAACUGAGAUUCAUGCUUAGGAAGAGAGUAUGAAUGAAAACAAACAAAAUGGCGUAAUCCCGACACAAGAAUGCUUCCAGCUUGAUUGAGUCUGUCAUUUGGUUAUACGGAAUUGUAGGAUUGGUUUCAAUGCUUUUUCGCACUUUAAAAAAAAUAUAUAUAUCAAUUUUGUUGUAUUCGUGGGUAAAUUUAUACAGAAUAUUUUGCCAUUGCAGAUUUUGUAAGAAUAUUCGAGUAUUUUCACUUUAAAUUGGCAAAUUAUGUCUUGUGAAAUGAAGCAUGGUAUGUUCUUAAAUGGUUCCGAUUUUGAAAGGAUCUUAAUGAAAUGAGAAUGAAGACCCCCCCUCGCCCCCCAAUGUAAGAACAAAUUAUCAAUAGUGUAAUAGUCUGGAAAACCAAACGUUUUUGAGGUUAUAUGUAACAUUUUGAUUGUAUGUUGUCACCUGUAUAUGGGUAUUAUGCACAUGUAGGUAUAUGCAGAACUUUGCAAUACUUAGUUACGGAGUUAAGAUGGGUUACUGGGCGUCCCCUUAGCGUGCACUUAACCCCAGAGAUGCCCCUUCUUGGAGGUUGUGUGUUGUGACAAGCAGAAACCGGCAAGCUCAUUUUUUAAUCAACAAUUAACGUUCUCAAUUAAAGCCAAUCUCCCAGCACGACUCGUCACCACAGCCUUGGUUGAGAGAUAAUUUAUGUCCUGCAGAUGAUUGCUUAGGGACGGUAGGCAGCUUAAAUUGUUGCUGGUUUGGUGAUUUAGAAGCAAGGUCAGCUGACUUAUCUGGCUUUUUGUGUGUGUGUGUCUGUGUCAAAGAAUGACUCGUAGUCUAUCGUUCGGGGUCGUGAAGUGUUUAAGGAGGUUAUAAGUUUCACUACAUGGGGAUUAUGUGAGAGCUGUGGCUCCGGAAAUGGGUUGUGUCAUCGUUUGUAGUGCAGUCCUGCAGGGCUGGAUACGUGGGCUGCUGUUAGUGAGAAGACCUUCCAUUCUGCCCAUCUUUGUACAGGCACUGAUGUGUUAACAAAGUUUUUCAGGUAUUGCCUUGGCAUCAGGCAUUGUAAUCAGCAAAAGCACGUGUGCCUGCAAACUCUCCAGAAGGAGUGGCCUGUGUGGACAGCGAGUUUGCCGCAGUAUGAUUUCUCUUGUAUUUUUAUUUUGUACCGCGUGAGAGCUGCUGGUGUGACUGGUUUGGUAGUUCAAGACCAACCUACAUGUACACCUCCAGCGUCUGUCAGUGAGUGCCUCUAUCUUAGGCUUUGUUCUUUAUGUUGUGUGUGUGUGUUUUUUUUUUUUUUUACAUGAAUGGGCGUCUCAUGCGUAAGAGAGAAUGUUUAGAUGUGGCCCAUUGCUCCUCUGACCAUUAUCUUAUUCACAAUGCUUUGUUUUCUGGGCGUUGCUUUCCUCCCUGGCUGUAUUUAUGUAAGGGGGAAACUGAACAACAACGUUUGGCCCUCGGCUCAGUGCCAGCGACAGGGCUGGAUAUCACUCAGGAUUCAUUAGUCAUUCCGUUACCUGUUUUUCCGAUCCCUUUUUGUGUUGUCUUCAGAGGAUGUUACCUGUUGAAAAACUGCAGUCAGAGACUGGUUUAUAUUGCAAAUAUAUGUUGGCAGUUUUUUAUUUUUUAUUUUUGGUAUAAUUUCUGGUCACGUGACACUUCUGCUCAUUUCAAGGUGAGAUUGUUCUGGGACGCUUUAGUUGCUAAGGAGUGUUAGGAGUCAGUAAGUAGAUGUAACGGUCCUGCGAAUCUUUGAUCGAGGGAUGAACACAUACCUCAGAGAUAUUGUGAAUGCCGGUUAGUCACAUGAUUGUCAAAAUCAGCACAGGACAGUAGAUUGUGAGUCAAGAAGUUGAUCAUGUGCCCGAAAGAUUGCAAGUUAGUUAUAGUAAAAGGGGUGUCCUGUGCUUUGUACCCUAGAACAAGGUACCUCAACUGAAAUUUUGUAGCGAUUCAUAAUGAGAUAAUGUAAUAAAUGUUAGAGGCUCAUAGUGUAACACCUUAAUAUGUGAAUAAAUAUCAUUACAUUAUUAAGUAAGGAGUUUUUAUUACAUCAAAAGUUAAUUAUGAAUUACUACAUUUUGGUUAUCAUUUUAUUACAUUAUGAGUCACUAGAAACGAAACAGGUAAACAAUUAAACUGUAAGCAGUUGCAUUUAAGUCCAGUAAUAAACCUUCAGUGCUUGUUUAGUAUAUAGCUGUGUGAACAAAGAUGGGUAAUGUUUGGUCAUUUGUACUUCUGUGAAGAGAUGACGCUUUCAGAGUCACCUGCACCUAAAGUGUCGUUCAGUUCCAUUCUGUUGGUACGGUUCUGCUACUCUCUACUCUAUCAUCAAGGAAAAUACCGUUUUUUUUUUUUAAUCUUUUGUUUACAAGUGAAGCACUUGGUUCUAGGCACCUUGUUUGAAUGCUUCUUUGCAUGACAGCAAUUAAUGUGGUUUUGCUAUAUAUUGCAAUGUUAAAUAGAGAUUGCCGUUUAAACACGCGGUUAUGGUGUGGUAAUGUGUAUCUGGGGUCUUCAGCAUUGUGCUCCUCAUCCAGUUUCAUUCAUUUUCUUUUGUAGAUAAUGAGAGAGGAUAGUUAGCCAAAGGGUAUUUGGCGAUGGGCUCUCUGUCGAGAGAUUUUACUGUAGUGUCAUUUAAAACAUUUAGUUUAACCCGCUGAUGCUGCACUUUAGAUGCGCUUAAAAAAUUUGAUAGACUUUUCUCUUGAAGUAAUUUAGAUAUGAACAAAUGUACAGUAUAUCGAGGGAUACACACAAAUUUUUUGCACUACAGUAACAAAUUAUAUAACAAAAAUGUGAAACAAACAAAAAAAAGAUUUUCGAAUGCAUUUUGGCAUAUUGUCCAUGCCAAGAACUGAAGUUGUUCUGCAGAAUCGUGGAAUGCUUCAGUGGAACUUGGCACUUAAACCAAUCCCUGUAUCUCUGCAUUCUGUCCUUUUACUUGCUAUUGGACCAUGGAAGGCAUGGUUUGUGCCAAAACCACCCACAUUGUCUCAUGCAUGAUCGCAAAAGUCAUUAAAUUUCCUUCUCUUAGAAGGAACUUCUGGAGGGAGAUGUUGAGCUGUUUAAGAAGAAAACAAUUGAUACAACUGAAAAAGGAUGAAAAAAAAACAAAGGGGUAGACUUACAUUUUUGUAAAUGGGCGAUACUAAUAUAUGUAUAUAAAUAAUUGUGGAAAGUGCCAAAAGUUACCAAAAAUGUCGUUAUUGAGUAUAAAAAAUGACAUUUAUUUUUUGUAUCUGCCUUGCUUUCUGCAUUAUUGUGUAUUUUUAUUGUCUUAAUCAUGGACUAUGCAUGCAUGUAGCUGCCCGACUGAUGGAGAUUAUGAUUGACGAGUGGAGCGUGGAGUGCUCUCACUGCCGAGGGAGAGCACACUCAGACCAGGAUGGCUGUACACUUAGCAUAUUCCUACUCCUGGGAUUUUAUGAGUCAGCUUUUUCCAGUGCUUUUAAAAAAAUCAUGUUUAUUGGAUUUCUUACUAUUAUAGGGUCUCUUUCUGAGAAGCAGAUAAUCAUUGAAGUCAAGUUAAUUCUAUCUUAUUGUUUUAUUGCAAUUUUUAUAAAUGCAGAUUUAGACUUUUCAUCGCUUUUCAAAAUUUGUUGAAAUUAUGAACUGCAACUGGAAAAAAGACAAAUGAUGUAACAUGGCACAUGCUGGUAGAAUUCCAUGGAAAUCUUUUAUGGAAUCUAUUGUAAAUUGUUAGUUUUUUUUCUGCAUAACAGCAUUUGCAGUGACAGGAAGGCUUGCGGAUGAAUUUCCAGGGAAACUUAAUUUGAAAUAUUUUCCUACGUGUCUAAGUAUAUAUUUUUCAAUAAAAUGUAUCCCUAAUUAUACAAUUUAACAGCCACUUUUGGCAGCCAAGAUCUGAAUUCUACAAAAAAAGGAAAUCUGCUUAAGAGUGCAGAGGUGGUAUUAUUAUAGCUUUUCUUCUUUUAUAGAACGCAGUUGUAAAAUUCCAGCAAACAUGCUGAGAAUCAAGCUACAAAUACAUGUUUCUGUAAUUUAAUAAAUGCCGUUUUCUGUUUUUUGUAUAUAUUUCUAUAUUAUAUGUGGAACAACACACUGUAACUUCUUCAUACCGGGACAGAACAUCUCUGAUUACGACACCAUUCUGAAAAAAAUGGUUGUGGUUCUUUCUGUAAAACCUGUACAAUAAUUCUGGAUCAUUAAGUCAGUUACCUUUUUAUGCUGCUAGAUGACUAAUUUUAUGUUAACCGGAAAAUAUUUUGGAUCUUCUACAGUAUAAUUGUCUUGUUUUUCUAUUAUAAAUGAAAUAAAACAGAUGUGUAACCCUGUGAAAAAUUUAUUUGUAAUUUUCUGAACAAUAAAUGUGUGUGUUUGCAGUGGA